AUUUUUUCAUUUUCGGUUCUAUUAGGGACAGGUUGCCGCCCACAAGCAGGAUUUUAGCCAACAAUUCACUUCAAUAUUGUUUUGGAAAUUAAUCGCGGAGUUUAACAUGGAGUACCGUUAAGGCGCCAAAAUAACAAAAUGGCUGGGCGAACGACCCGAUCCUCUUCUCGUCUAGGCAUUACGUCCCCGUGUGUUGGGAAACCUUUCAAAGUUUCAAAGAGAAAGAAUGUCAAGGUCUUUACAGAAAAUGAGAAAAAAGAGAUUGCCAAAUAUGAAAUCAAGGCAGGACAGUUUAAGUACAGGCUAAGAAGUGUGAAAGAUAUUUUGAAAAACCUUGAUAAUGAUAAAUCAAGUGAAGAAGGCUCUGCAAGAAGAAGGGGGAGAAAAAGUAAGUUAUUAGCGAGCAAGCGGAGGUCAAUUGCUGAGUCAGUGAUGCUAAAAAACUUUCAAAAGGAUGCACAAUUCAAUAAAGAGCAGGAGGAGCAAAAAAGCCCGUCUAACCAACAAGCUGAAGACACUUUGGAAGCAAAGGUAGAACAAGAAGAAAAUCAAAUUCAUAUUGAAGAGAAAAACGAAAGCUCACAGGGGGCAGAGGAAAUAACAGAGAUGGUUUCUGAAAUUGAGCAGUCAGAAAUGAAUGACAACGAGGUUCCAUUGGUACAGGACACUGAGACAAGACAAACCACAAUGGAAGAUGAAAACCAAUUGAAGGAACCAGGGAUAAAAAAUCUAAGGGUAAAGGCUAGGGUAAAACCUGUGAAUGAAACUGAAGAAGAGGCUGCUGAAAGAAUAAAGGCUGAGAUGAGACUGAGGGUAGAAACACUGGAACGAAUUAAAGAGUUGAAGAAGGAACAAGAGGAAUGGGUUGCUCUUUAUGGAUCGUAUCAAAGUCGCCUGGCUGAAGUUGAAUCGGAUCAAACAGGGGAACUGUCGCCCGAUGUGAAGCAUUCGCUUCUUUCUGAUGAACAGCGACAAUUCAUGGAAGCAAAAAUGGACCCUAAAGAUUUUAUCGACCGGCUGAAACAAUAUCAAUUGGAUUAUAUCGCUUGCGCACGGUAUGUGCAAGAUUUUACAGAGAAAAUGUCAGAAUUUAAGAAGAGCGUUUCUGACUACCUCACAUCUUUACCAAGCAUAGUGUCUCCAACAAAAGAGGGAUGUUCGAGAACCCCAAGGACAUUGAUCACGAACAUUUUGGGCCGUGCCAAAGAUAUUGCAAGCAAGUCAGAUCAAAGCUUCUAACGUAAGAAUGCGGUAUAGAUCGCUUCGCGCAACAGGAAGCUUUCUACGUCUUAUUUGUAGUGUAGUCUACGUAGCAAGUGGGACUAUUGCUAGACGUUUUCAACGCACUGCCUUUGUUAUUCGCCCUCAUUAAAUGACAGGAUAACAGCCCUACCCACACUAUCCACCUGUACAUCGUUUGGGCAUUCAUCCAAACCUCCCUUCAAGCGUUCUUCUUUAUUCACACUACUUUGCCUCUCUGUUAGUUGUUCUAUAUUAUCUUAGUCCAUGUUACGGUGUUGUCUAUACAUUUCACUCCCUAAAGAAGUUUUGUUUCUUUCUCUAUCUUAAUUUGUCCAUUGUAUUUUCCUAAAGCUUCCCUUAUUUUUCAACAAAUAAUGACAAACCCGGGUACAACUGUCACUCGAAGUGUGAAUUCUCUCCGAAUUAUUUCUAAUCAUGCUGCAAUUUUCUCUAUAAUUGCAACGCUAUUGUUUCUAGGUUAAUUAACGUAGACCUAUACAGUUGAACCCUAUUACGUUGUACCCUGGAUAGUUCGGACUUUCAGUGAACCGGACUGAUUUUCGAUUACCAUUGGAUUUUCUACCUUAUUCAAAUCAAAAGUCGUAUCCGGGACUAGCAGGAAAUUCGCUAAGUCAGACCUUUUUCUUGAACAACAACCAACUGUUUUCUGAAUUAGUAUUGUUUUAGGCCGCAAUGGCAAAGAUGUCCAAGGGGCACUCGCGAACGCAACUUACGGAAAGUUCAUCCGAUAGUUGAGGGGUCUGUUUAAUGAAAAUUCUUGUAUUAUAGGUAUAAAUGAUGAACGAAAUGCACCAUGAUACGUUGUUUUACCUCGGGUCAUCGAUCCAAUGAUUACUAGAAUGCAUGCAAUGUACUUCCUCCUAUACCUGAUAAAUGCGAUAUCUAAUGGUUUUGGAUGCAAAGUGAUUUAAGUGGAUGAACCCUCCCCCCGUAUGGUACAUAGUUGAGUAUAUCUCCUACCCCCUUUCAGUUGGAAGAGUAUAUAGCAAUGAAACGAGUAACUGAUUCUUCUACCAUGCGACUAGUCCUUCUAUUAUAUUUGGUUCGUUCUACUCCAUUUUUUAUGCCCUACUUUAUUUUCUUCUAUUUCAUUAUAGAUGUAGAAAGCAUUUUAGAAGUAGGGGAGGAGCAACAUUCUAGAAGUUGCGAUCUGUGCACCCUUUGGUCCUACUUCUAUGCUCAAUUGAAAUAUAUAUCUUGAUACCCUACAUGUCUGAAGCAGGGGUGUUGUGCUAUGAAAAGAAGGUGAUAAUCUCACGUAAAUUAUCGCAAAAGCAAUAGCAAAAGGAGAAAUGGGCUGAGUUUGGCAUUAACAAAAGGGAUAAGACCUCCCGAACCCCAUAUGACCCCCUAGCGCUACACCCCUGGUCUGAAUAUUGCAAUGUUUCAAAUAGGACUCCCACGUGAUCACUGGACAAAAGUGUAGCUCCUGACUCUUCGACAUAAACUUUUCCAAUGUUAGAUACUUUCAUUUGAGCUUACGAGUAUAUCAGUGCACAGAGACGACACAUUGUUGUGUAGCAAUUGGAUGCAAUUUUCAAUGUUUUAGUGAUAGGAGAGCUUGUGUCUUAAUUUUGGAUUCGCAUUCGUAAACAUUCGAUGCAGUUUUGAAUAUAAUGUAUAUAGCUGACUUAUUUUAAUUUCGAUGUAUUGUCAUUUCCAAAAGCUAUUUGUUUUCCUGUGUAUUUUGGUGUCCCAUGUACCAA